AUGAAGCGGUUGGCGCUCGCGGCUGUGCUGGUGAUACUGGUGAUGGAGGAAGUGAGUGCGGAGGCUUACCUCAACCCCACUGACAUCCGCCUGCCGCGCAAAGUCUGGCCGCAUUUUUACAACCUGUACAUCACCACCUCCGUCUGCGAAGACAAUCCCGACUUCUCUUUCUACGGCCAAGUCGAUAUCAAUGUGGAGGUGAAAAUAGCAACCAGCACAAUAAAAAUCAACGCAAAACAUCUUAACAUUUCAUUUGCAGAAACAACAUUAAAGUCAUUGGACAGAAAUGAAUUGAUUCCAGUUUCUUCUCAAGACAUCGACGAAGAGCAUGAGUUCCUUAUCAUUCAUUUCCCCUUGACUCUCUGCACUAACUGUGUUUAUGUGCUUCAUAUAGAAUUCAAAGGAAUACUCAGAACGGAUCUAAAAGGAUAUUAUCGGAGCGAGUAUAUUGACACAAGCAGCGGUGUAAGAAAAUGGUCGGCUGUAACUCAGUUCCAGGCCACAGAUGCAAGACGAGCAUUUCCAUGCUUCGAUGAGCCUGAGUACAAAGCUACAUUCAAAAUUCACUUGGGACGCCCAAGAUCAUGUACUGCUCUUUCAAACAUGCCUCUGAUAAUUACCCAGAAUAUAGAAGGGCUUCCUGACUGGGUGAUGGAUGAAUUUGACGUAACUAAAAGAAUGUCGACCUAUCUGGUGGCAUGGGCGGUGACCGAUUUUCAGUGUGUCAAUUCACUCACUGAUGGAAGAAUACGAGUGUGUUCACGUCCUGACGGGCUCAUAUAUUCCAACUUGGCUUUAAGUGUAGGACCAGCAUCUUUGCGAUAUUACGAAAAAUAUUUCGAUGUCGCCUAUCCGCUUCCCAAAUCAGAUAUGAUAGCAGUUCCUGACUUUGAUAUUGGAGCCAUGGAAAAUUGGGGUCUUAUUACGUAC